AGCGGAGACACGUUCAGUUCCAUUCGUAAGCUCGGUCCGGUCGGUUCUCUUCUUCGGCAUCAACAAUUGUAAGCGCGGUUUCAUCGCAAAACGGAUCAUAUCGUAGACACAGUAGGAAUACGGAUAUAGCUCCAACACACUUAUAGCCUAUAGCGGCCCUAUAGGACAUUCCCGGUGUGGUGACAAAAAGGCCCGUCCGAGCCUUCCUUCGUGGUUUAGUGUGUGAGUGUCUGGUGCGAAAUACGGCAUAAGGGUCACCACCCACAAGUACACCCUUGCGCGUCGUAGAUUGGCGUAAAACGUACGAGAUUUUUUCUCUUUGCUUGCAGUACAAUAAUUGCUGUUAUAUUGUUGUGGUGAAGAAACGAAGAAGCCUCAAAUUAUUUACGUUCCAGUUUCUGUUUGUUUGGACUACUUUUACUUACAUUUCUUCGAUUGAAUGAAACCCAUUGGCGUACCGAUUUUCGAGUGUCACAAUAGCCGCUUCUAUUUACUGAUUAAUUGCAAGAAGAGCACCCCAGUGGGAGACAACAGAUUUAGUGACCGAAUUCGAUUCGAAUAAUCCGCGGUGAGCGUGACUAGAGAGUCAUCGCGGCAGACAUGAAUCGCACCACUCGAAUGAAUGACCGUCUAGCAUAGUGCCAUUGCGGCACUUCAAUCCUAUGUACAGUACCCAUAGGUGGUGCCCAACAGUGACGCGUCGCGAAAAGUACGGCACCCAGCGAGCGGCGACAAAAGUGUGGUUGAUUGUGGUUUGAACUCCAGUCGAGAAGAAAGCAACGCGAAUCGGAUGCGCGAAAAUUGACCGCAACGCUAAAUAGUGCCGACUGCAAUAAUUACACUAGGUUCACUAGACGUUCACUACCGAUAGUUACAAUAUCAAUCAAUCCCCAUAAAACUUAUCAUUGAAUGUGAUACCAUUUGUUGUGUGCUAUUCCUGCCUUCCCCCCUCUACCUGAAGUUUGAAGCGAUCCGAAACGAAUUCGCCGGCAAGUGGAAAGCCCUCCUGGAAGCUGGCGGUGGCGGAGGCGGUGCCUGUGGAUUGAGCUUGAGCGAUCCGGAACAGCACGUGGCAGGCGACAGCGAUAACGACGGCGACAACGACAGUAUGACCAACUCACAGCUAUGGUUCCGCGGAGUGCGGCCCUCCAAGUUCCGGCACGUGUACGGUCUGCCCACGCGGAAGGAGUGCUGCUACACCGACAUCAGUGUGGUCCGCAGCGGCAACGAUGGCAACUUCUGCGCCAUCAAUCCCACAUUCCUGGCCAUCGUGGCCGACACAACGUUUGUGGUCAUCCCGAUCAACCAAACCGGACGAAUCGAUUUCCAGUGCUGUAAGGUGAUUGGACACACCGGUCAAAUCUUGGACCUGAAGUGGAAUCCUUUCGAUGACAAUAUGAUAGCGUCCGCUUCGGAUGAUUGCACAAUCAAACUAUGGAAAAUCCCGGAGGGUGGAUUAACGAGCAAUCUGAGCGAAUGUUCCACAGAACUCGUCGGCCAUAAGCGUAAGGUGCUGCACAUCGAAUGGCACCCAACGGCGGCCAAUGUGCUGAUUAGCGCUGGUUUCGAUCACUUGAUUUGCGUGUGGGAUGUGGGCAACUCCGACAAGACCCUGCUGAACGUGAUCCAUUGUCACGUUGACAUGAUCUACAGUUUGGCGAUCAAUCGUGACGGGUCGUUGAUAGCGACCACCUCCAAGGACAAGAAGCUGCGGGUGAUUGAACCGCGCAGUGGAAUCGUUGUUUCGGAGGGCAUCUGUCAUAUGGGAACGAAAUGUUCGAAAGCGGUUUUCCUGGACAACGAUCGCAUUUUGACAACUGGAUUUUCCCGCCAUUCAGACAGGCAGUAUGCCGUGUGGAAUCAGCAUGACCUGAAGAAACCUUUGGUGCAGGAAGUGAUCGAUAGCUCCAGUGGAGUGGUCACUCCAUACUUCGACUACGACACCAAAAUGAUCUACCUGGCGGGAAAGGGAGACGGCAACAUUCGGUACUACGAGUUGGUAGAUGAAGCACCAUAUGUGUACUAUUUGAACCAGUUUCUGUCUGGACAACCCCAGAAAGCGCUAGGAUUCAUGCCAAAGCGUGGCGUGAACGUCGCACAAUGCGAAGUGUUUCGGUUUUAUAAACUCCACGCAGCUGGAAAUAUAUGCGAACCCAUUUCGAUGAUAGUUCCGCGUAAGUCAACACUUUUCCAGAGCGAUCUCUAUCCGGAUACGCUGGCCGACAUACCGGCGAUUGGUGCCAAAGAGUGGUUCCAGGGACGGAACGUGCAACCCAUGCUGAGGUCAAUGAAGACUGGCGAAUCCAUUCUGGACGCAAAUGCCAAUCAGAAAACCCGCAACAGUGAAAGCAAAUAUGCCACCAUCCAUCACACCAGCAGCAAGCACAAUGUCCUCAACAACCACCACGGCAAUCACAACGGAAAUAGCAAUAACCAUAGCCAUAGCAAUGGCACCAAUGGCACGGCACUCAACGGCAGUAACUACACCAACGGUAACAGCGUAACAUCCCUUACCAACGGUGGCAAAAAUAACAAAGAGAACGAAAUCGAUAACCGGAAGUUCGACAACAACACGAAGAAGUUUGCUUUCCUGUCCCAGCCCACGAUACCGGACUACAGGCCCCAAGCGGUAACUAACAUUAUCGAAAAGAGUCAGAAGACCUCAACGAACCAGAGUACAAAGUUUCACCAGCUGCAGGCAAUCUUCGGGCAGCAUCAGACGGCCAACCACAAGGACAUUGCCAACCUGCAGAACAACCUGCUGAGCAACUCGAGGAACAGCUCGCGGAACAGUUCCCUGGAGAACAUCAACCUGUUGAACUCGGAGAAUGAGCUCCGAAAAGCGUUCAACAAACAGGCCGAGGAAAUCAAGAGUCUACGAAAGUCCCUCAACAAUUCCGAGAAACGAGUGCGGGAGCUAGAAGCGGAAGUCAAACGGUUACAGCUCCAACAGAAGCAUUAGAAUCGAUAACCACGUGGUAGAUGAAAUAGUCCGUAACCGCUACGGACAAUUCAACUUAGUAAUACUUACACUAUUAAUCCUCAAUUACUGAACAAUACACUUACCACUUUAUAUACAUAUUUUCGUCGCUCUCCAAAACCGCAAUUGCUUAAUCCGCUACCACUAAACUUGUACAACCAUUUCAAUACGAAGCAGGUAAUUCGUAUUUACAGAUAAAAAAAGACGACAUUCAUUACGAUUGUAUAUCUACUUACUACAACAGUUUAGUAUAAUACGUAUUAUGGGAACGUCAGUCUAUGUUGAGCGAAAAGAGAAAAUGCAUUUCCAGUACCACUGAGCAUUUCAUAGCGUUACAAAGAAAAUUUUCGCAUCUACAGGAAAACAGUCCGAUAAAAGUAACUGAAAAGACUUAAUCAUCAACAAAUGUACACUUAAACAGCCGCAUUAAAACCAGAGGAAUCAACAUAACAACCAAUACAAAUAGCAAAACAUGGCCAACAUAAACACUCCCAAACUAAGACAGAGUGAGUGCGCUAUGCUUUUUUGAUUCAACUAUGCGAAAUUUUUGUUUCAAUCAACUGCCGUGCGCUUAAUGUGGCUUGUAAUUGCAGCAUACCAUUUGGGAAUGCUUGGAACCGGUACCCAUAUUAUCAAUUGUGAAUGGAAAGCAAACAACCAAUUUGGGAACGCAGAGGAAAAAAAGCAAAAGACAUGUGAUUUUUGAUUUACUAAGAAUAGUGAGUAAUGUAAACGCAGUAGCAAACGAGAAAAAAAACAAGCCGUCAAAUAAUAAUAUAAAUGUAGCUUAAGACUAGUGGAUAGCGUUGUAAGCGUAUAUAUAUUUUUAAGAAACCUAUUUGUAAGUAAAAUAAAAAUGAAACAAACGCAAAGACAAAGUCGGGUAAGAAGAAUCGAAAGAAGAUCGCCACACAUACAAAAGAAAAAAAGUUACAAAUAGCAAAUGCGGACAAAUAAGAACAAACAACACACACAAGAAGACUAGUUACCACGCAUACAAACCCACGUCAACAGAAAAAGGGGUGGAACAAAGAAUAGAACAUUAGUAAUCGAACGCUCACAUGACACAUAAACCCAGCUUCAAGAUUGGAACCAGGAGAGUAUUAUAAUCGAUGUAUUUGCGGAUUCAAAGUGCUAUGUGAUUUUAGUUGUCCAUGGUUUUUAGGUCGAUGUGCGCAAGUUGAGUUGUAAGAAUUGAUCGUUUUAUUGAACAAAUUCGUUUUCUCAGCCCCUCAGUGUAGGAUUAAGUUUGAUAUUUUGUUUUUAUUGUCUCCAUAUACAAAUAAGGGGGUGAAUUUGAAGUUAACCCGGUAAAUGUUAAUUUUUUCUCCUGUUAUUUUUUUAACUGUUCAAAGCUGUCGAACAGAGCAUGGACGACGCAUGUUUGAACUAAGCUUUCUACGUGUUGUGCUUUGUUGCUGCAAUAUCGUUAAUCACAGAUUCUAACUAAUUCCAAUGCUCUGUUCGACAUCUACAGGGGUAUUCCAAAAUCAGAUGAACGAUACCCCUUAAGGUCAGCGAGAAGAGCAUUGAACUAAUUUUUAUUCUAGGAAGACGAAAACUUCUUGGAACAUUGGGGAAUCCUUCUUGGAGAUCCAUAACAAACCAUGUGGAGAUGUGGUUCUUGACGGAUUUCACAGUUCUGUAGAUAUUUUUGCGGAAUCAUUGGUAAAUUACUAAUGGGUUCUUUGGUAGUUUUGUAUCGAGAUCUUUAUGAAUUUUGGUUCUGAUCGUAAAUAAAUUAAUUUGUAGACACUUGGCGACAUUCUUGAUAUAUUGUCAAGGAAAUCUUUGGCGGCUUCCCGAUGCGAUCCUUGAAGGAUUUCUAGAGAAGUUCGUAUCUGAGAAUUUCUUGUAUGAUUUCUGUCAUGAUUCGUGUUGGGUUUCUGGCUAAAUUAUAUUUUUUACUAAAUUACUAAAAUUAGGCAAUUCGCCUGUUGAAUCCGUAGUUCCAUGGCAUUAGAAAUAUUUUUAAGAUUUUUUUCUUCUUUAUUUCGGAUGAAAACGUUAAUCGGUUUGCCGCACAGUUCAUCUCGCUGGCCAUUCUUUGUUAUAUUUUUAAAUAACCUUUGCGUACACAAAUAAGUGUUACCUUUAUUCCCUGCAGAAUACGACCGCCUAUUUGGUAAACUUGAAAAGUAAACUGAAAUCUGAAACAAAAUGUAGAUCAGAAUUAUACUACACAUAACGCGAAAUAUCAUAAGCCUGAAUGAAACUGA